GGCAGGAAAAAAAAAAAAAACUUCUACAGCUGCCCUUCCAUUUUUGCAUCCCCCGCUGCGUAUAAAAAUGAACAACACAAAUUGGCGUAUCUUCUGCGCACGUCCCAAAGUUUAUCACAAGCUAGAGUAACAGAGUCGUUUUUCUUUUUCGCUAGAAGGAGAGUACGACUGCGGUUAACAGAGCAGAGGUCCUGUUGGCUCUCCCCCUCAUGACGAGCAGAGCUGCCUUGAGGAACCUCGUUUUGGCUGACCUAAGUAGGAACUUCACCACAUCGGAUGGGAUUAAAUAUGGCGCCGAUUUUGUGCUGUACAGGGGGGACAUCGACGCGGAACACGGAUUCGCGCUAAUGUUCGUAAAGGAGGAAAACGCGCCCCUAAGUGAUAAGGACAAAACGGUCAUAUGCAGGAUAUGCGAGAGUGUUAAAAAGAAGGGAAUAAUUGCAUAUGUGAAUGGACACACUAAAGAAAUUAAGUACGAGGAAAUUUUUAGAAAAACGGAAGGAUCCCCUGGUUGAUGUGCCCAGCGCGCAGCGGUAGGGAAGAAAUCAGGGGUGUUAUAUAAUUCCCCAAUUUGGGAUAUAGCCGCCUACAAAAGUAGCCUCUUUGUGGGGUAUAUUUCCCCCCAGCGGCGCGGACCACAUUUAUGUCAACCGCGUAACGGUUUGUAUAUGCCCCACCCGGGAGGCUAACCGAAGAGGACUCCCCUUUUUGGAUUCAUCAAAUGGGGUUAAAAAAAAAAGAAUCAAAUUUUGUUAUCACAUCAUUUGGUGUCGUACGGCAUGGUACGACAUGGUAUCGUAUCGUACCGCAUCUUACAGUGCCAAUAGUACGCACAACCCUUUU